AUGAUGGAAACUGUUUGUGAUCCGUAUGAUCUUCUAUUUGAUGACGGACAAAAGUCACCAACAUCAGACGGUUUACUUUUUGGUAAUGAAAUUAUGCUCAGUGAUUUUAAUAAUGACUCAUCAUUGAUAAGUCCAAUAUCAAAUACCAUCGAUAAUGCAGAAGAUCAAUUUGAUCCUGUUGCUUUUGAAGCAUUUUUAAACGAUUUUUUAUCAUCUGAUCCAUCAUUGUUAAAGGAACAAUCGAUUGAUCUUGCAUCGACAUCUUUUGAAUCUGAACCAACGACACGUGAAAUUGGUACUGAUCCCAUGGAAGAAGUACCAACAACACAACCAAUUACUAUUACAACAGCUAAUAUAAAUCAAUUAACUAAAACACCUAUUAUUCUUAUUCAAACAUCGAAUAGAACUGCAAUUGGAAGUUCAUUACGAAUAGAAUCUGUACCAUUGACAACAACAACAACGGUCCCAACUGAAUUAUAUAAUUUACAAUUCGAGCCUUCAUCAUCAACUAUAAGUGACUUUCCAAUGGAAGACAUUCUACCAUUAACACCAUCAAGCUCAAGUGAAUCACCUGAUGAAAUAAGCUCAAAUUCACCAGAUAGUUCAGAUAAUGCUUAUUCAAAAAUGUUAACAAAUUUUGAUAAUUUACCCACCGCAGGUCCAUUAGUUUUAACUAAUGAAGAGAUAAAAUUAAUAAAACAAGAAGGUUAUCAAAUUCCAAAUAAAUUACCAUUGAAUAAAACUGAAGAAAAAAUGUUAAAAAAAAUUCGACGAAAAAUUAAAAAUAAAAUUUCAGCACAAGAAAGUCGUCGAAAGAAAAAAGAGUAUGUUGAUGCACUUGAAAAGCAAAUUGCCAAAUAUGUUGAUGAAAAUAAUACGCUCAAAGAACGUAUGGCAACGAUAGAAAAAAGUCAAAAAAAACUGACACAAGAGCGAGAUUUACUUCGAUCAAUGAUUAACAAAGGAAUGCCUGGACCUAGUACAGCUUUAAUGGUUUUUGCGGUAUUUUUUGCGGUUGUUUUUGGUAUUUGGGCACCUAUGACAAGUAAAUCAUCAACUGAAGAUAGAUCAUUAUCAUUAGAAAACGCAUUCACGCCAUCAAAUAAUUAUCAAUCUGCAUUUACAUCACGAAAAUCUAUACUUGAACAACAAGAAUCAACGCAUUCAAAUUAUGUUACUGAUAAUUAUAAAUCUCGUGUACUUCUUUCAGUUGAUGAACAUGAUAAUCAUCAUCAUGGACCAUAUUUACCAUCAAAAAAUAAAUAUCAAUCAACAUUUCAACAACAAACAGCGGCACCCGGUUAUACUUAUUCAAGUACAGUUGAAAAAUAUAUGAAUAAAAAACUUAAUUCUGAACAAUUAAUAGAAGAAACACAUAAUGAUAAUUAUAAUUUAAAACGAUCAUUUAUGGAUGAAUCCUCAUCAAUUGUUCAUUCACAAGAACCAAUAUAUAAAAAAAGACGAUCAAAUUAUCAUGUGAACGAAAACUUUGUUGUCAUUGAAGAAACAAAUGAAGAAAUAGAUAAUGUUCUUAAUGAAAGUAAACCGGUAAAAAUUAUUCGGGUUGAGCGUACAAUACCAGCGAUUGGAAAUGAUACUUUAAAAUUAGCUCAUCAUAGUGCAAACAAAUAA